UCACCUUUCUGAUACCACCAUAAUUACAGACGAUAUAAAUACGAUGCUAGUAGGCUUCAGAACACUAUAGUACGACAUUUAGAGGUAGCGUGGACUAACUACAUCAAAAAUGAAGAAAAUAUUAUUUUAUGUUUGCACUUUUGUGUUCGUCUCUUUUACUGUUGACUCAAAGAAAUUAGGAUCCGCCAAUAAGCAUUACAAUACCUGCCUAACUGAAACUAAUGUAUCGGAGGAUGACAUGAUAACAGUACAAGACAUCCUACAUGAUCGAUACAAAUCCGAAAAUCAAGAAAAAUUAAAUAAGAAUGGUUGUGUCGUACAAUGUAUGUUUCAAAAAGAUGAAAUGAUGGAAGACGCAGAAUAUAAGGUAGAAAAGAUACAUACCGUAUUCAUCGAGAGAACAAAUAUUCAACCUGGAGAUAAAAAAUUUGAAAGGAUGGAAAAUUGCAUAAACAAAACAAAAGACCUUACAGAAAAAUGCGAAAAAGCGUUCCUUCUUUGCGUAUGUGUUUUAUCUGAGCAUAUGCAUGAUUAUGGGUAUAAUGAAUCCGCAAAAUAGUAAAUACAAAAAUAACCGAAAUAUAAUUAACAUGUUAAAAUUUACAUUGCACAGCAUUUUCAAUAAGUAGAUAUAUGUAUAAGUAUAUUAUGAUUUUCUUUCAUUUGGAACGUUAAUGCAUAAAAUAAAUUUUAAUUCAAAUAAAAUACCGACUUU